CUUGUGCCUCCUGCUGUCUGAGACACAGGUUGCUUUUUUUUUACCCGAGAAGAACUUUACCGUGUAACAGUCAAAAUGCCGACUGUGAGGUUUGAAAAACGUUUCCUGCUCCUGGCCAUCUCAGUUCUGGAGAUGUUGCUGUUUUCUGGUAUCAUCUAUGGAUGGACGUCACUGGUGUACAUCCUUGAACAGGAGGGGUACUUCAGCGACUCUUGUGACGCCGCAACGGGAAACAACUCGCAACAAAAUCAUCAGAUCAAAUGCCAAGCUGUGACGAAUACGUCUACCCAGGAUGCACAGUGUUACCCAGAAUGCCUUGAACAGGAUGAGCGUCUGACGCAAGUGUUCGCCAUUUCCGUUGUUGCCAGUCAAGUUGCCUCGCUGUUCGCAGGGAUUGGUCUCGACUAUUUGGGCCUCCGUUUUACCAGGACGUGCUUCAGCACUUUGAUCGCCACAGCUGCCUUGCUGCUCGGAUUCUCCACAAGAGGUGUUUCGUUCAAACAAUGA